AUGCGCUUGUUUUUCGUCGCGGUUUUUGCCGCUCUUGUGGCCCUCGCAGCGGCCCAAUCCGAAUCUAAAACGGUUACGGCGGUGGCCACCCCGGAUAUAAAGGCUCAGCCAUGUUGUGAAAGUGUUCGACAAACUUUAAUUGAAAUACGAAAGGAUAUUCGUCUGUGGCUGCUGGACAGGCUUUUCGGAAAGUUGCUUCUCUUGCAUGACGGAGAACUGCUUGGAAAUCCGAAUUACGUGAAUUGUGUUAACGGGAAAAAAAUACUCGAAUUAUCCGAUGAGAGCUCUGCUACCAGUCAGUCUUCGUCCACAACCACCACGACAACCUCUUCGGAUGAUGGCCAAACCACCGUGUCGUCUUCUCCAGCAGUAGAAGUCACUGAGGGAAGUUCGUCGAGUGAUGAUGGAAGCUCUGGUCAGUCGUCGACAACCUCCACAACCACAACGACAAUAUCGUCAGAUGAGGAUCAAGCCAGCACCUCAUCUGAUCCAAUUGUUGAAGUCACUCAUGGAACAAGUGCUGGAAACUCCAGUCAGUCUUCGUCCACAACCACCUCGACAACCUCUUCGGAUGAUGGUCAAACCACCGUGUCGUCUUCUCCAGCAGUAGAAGUCACUGAGGGAUCUUCGUCGAAUGAUGAUGGAAGCUCUGGUCAGUCGUCGACAACCUCCACAACUACAACCACAUCGACAACAUCUACUGAUGAGGGUCAAGCCAGCACCUCAUCUGACCCUGUUGUGGAAGUCACUCAGGGAACGAAUAGUGCUGGAAACUCCAGUCAGUCUUCGUCCACAACCACCUCGACAACCUCUUCGGAUGAUGGUCAAACCACCGUGUCGUCUUCUCCAGCAGUAGAAGUCACUGAGGGAUCUUCGUCGAAUGAUGAUGGAAGCUCUGGCCAGUCGUCGACAACCUCCACAACCACAACCACAUCGACAACAUCUUCUGAUGAGGGUCAAGCCAGCACCUCAUCUGAUCCAAUUGUUGAAGUCACUCAGGGAAUAAGUGCUGGAAACUCCAGUCAGUCUUCGUCCACAACCACCUCGACAACCUCUUCGGAUGAUGGUCAAACCACCGUGUCGUCUUCUCCAGCAGUAGAAGUCACUGAGGGAUCUUCGUCGAAUGAUGAUGGAAGCUCUGGUCAGUCGUCGACAACCUCCACAACUACAACCACAACGACAACAUCUUCGGAUGAGGAUCAAGCCAGACCCUCAUCUGAUCCAAUUGUUGAAGUCACUCAGGGAACAAGUGCCGGAAACUCCAGUCAGUCUUCGUCCACAACCACCUCGUCAACCUCUUCGGAUGAAGGUCAAACCACCGUGUCGUCUUCUCCAGCAGUAGAAGUCACUGAGGGAAGUUCGUCGAAUGAUGAUGGAAGCUCUGGUCAGUCGUCGACAACCUCCACAACCACAACCACAACGACAACAUCUUCGGAUGAGGAUCAAGCCAGACCCUCAUCUGAUCCAAUUGUUGAAGUCACUCAGGGAACAAGUGCCGGAAACUCCAGUCAGUCUUCGUCCACAACAAUCUCGUCAACCUCUUCGGAUGAAGGUCAAACCACCGUGUCGUCUUCUCCAGCAGUAGAAGUCACUGAGGGAUCUUCGUCGAAUGGUGAUGGAAGCUCUGGUCAGUCGUCGACAACCUCCACAACCACAACCACAUCAACAACAUCUUCUGAUGAGGGUCAAGCCAGCACCUCAUCUGACCCUUUUAAGGAAGUCACUCAGGGAACGAAUAUUGCUGGAAACUCCAGUAAGUCUUCGUCCACAACCACCACGACAACCUCUUCGGAUGAUGGUCAAACCACCGUGUCGUCUUCUCCAGCAGUAGAAGUCACUGAGGGAUCUUCGUCGAGUGAUGAUGGAAGCUCUGGUCAGUCGUCGACAACCUCCCCAACCACAACCACAACGACAACAUCUUCGGAUGAGGAUCAAGCCAGCACCUCAUCUGACCCAAUUGUUGAAGUCACUCAGGGAACAAGUGCUGGAAACUCCAGUCAGUCUUCGUCCACAACCACCUCGACAGCCUCUUCGGAUGACGGUCAAACCACCGUGUCGUCUUCUCCAGCAGUAGAAGUCACUGAGGGAAGUUCGUCGAAUGAUGAUGGAAGCUCUGGUCAAUCGUCGACAACCUCCACAACCACAACCACAACGACAACAUCUUCGGAUGAGGGUCAAGACAACACCUCAUCUGACCCUACUGUGGAAGUCACUCAGGGAACGAAUACUGCUGGAAACUCCAGUCAGUCUUCGUCCACAACCACCUCGACAACCUCUUCGGAUGAUGGUCAAACCACCGUGUCGUCUUCUCCAGCAGUAGAAGUCACUGAGGGAUCUUCGUCGAAUGAUGAUGGAAGCUCUGGUCAGUCGUCGACAACCUCCACAACCACAACCACAUCGACAACAUCUUCUGAUGAGGGUCAAGCCAGCACCUCAUCUGACCCUAUUGUGGCAGUCACUCAGGGAACGAAUAGUGCUGGAAACUCCAGUCAGUCUUCGUCCACAACCACCUUGACAGCCUCUUCGGAUGAUGGUCAAACCACCGUGUCGUCUUCUCCAGCAGUAGAAGUCACUGAGGGAUCUUCGUCGAAUGAUGAUGGAAGCUCUGGUCAGUCGUCGACAACCUCCACAACUACAACCACAACCACAACGACAACAUCUUCGGAUGGGAGUCAAGACAACACCUCAUCUGACCCUACUGUGGAAGUCACUCAGGGAACGAAUACUGCUGGAAACUCCAGUCAGUCUUCGUCCACAACCACCACGACAACCCCUUCGGAUGAUGAUCAAACCACCGUGUCGUCUUCUCCAGCAGUAGAAGUCACUGAGGGAUCUUCGUCGAAUGAUGAUGGAAGCUCUGGUCAGUCGUCGACAACCUCCACAACUACAACCACAACGACAACAUCUUCGGAUGAGGGUCAAGACAACACCUCAUCUGACCCUACUGUGGAAGUCACUCAGGGAACGAAUACUGCUGGAAACUCCAGUCAGUCUUCGUCCACAACCACCACGACAACCCCUUCGGAUGAUGAUCAAACCACCGUGUCGUCUUCUCCAGCAGUAGAAGUCACUGAGGGAUCUUCGUCGAAUGAUGGUGGAAGCUCUGGUCAGUCGUCGACAACCUCCACAACCACAACCACAACGACAACAUCUUCGGGUGAGGGUCAAGCCAGCACCUCAUCUGACCCUACUGUGGAAGUCACUCAGGGAACAAACAGUGCUGGAAACUCCAGUCAGUCUUCGUCCGCAACCACCACGACAACCUCUUCGGAUGAAGGUCAAACCACCGUGUCGUCUUCUCCAGCAGUAGAAGUCACUGAAGGAUCUUCGUCGAAUGAUGAUGGAAGCUCUGGUCAGUCGUCGACAGCCUCCACAACCACAACCACAUCGACAACAUCUUCUGAUGAGGGUCAAGGCAGCACCUCAUCUGACCCAAUUGUUGAAGUCACUCAGGGAACAAGUGCCGGAAACUCCAGUCAUCAGUCUUCGUCCACAACCACCUCGACAACCUCUUCGGAUGAUGGUCAAACCACAGUGUCGUCUUCUCCAGCAGUAGAAGUCACUGAGGGAUCUUCGUCGAAUGAUGAUGGAAGCUCUGGUCAGUCGUCGACAACCUCCACAACCACAACCACAUCGACAACAUCUUCUGAUGAGGGUCAAGCCAGCACCUCAUCUGACCCUAUUGUGGAAGUCACUCAGGGAACGAAUAGUGCUGGAAACUCCAGUCAGUCUUCGUCCACAACCACCUCGACAACCUCUUCGGAUGAUGGUCAAACCGUGUCGUCUUCUCCAGCAGUAGAAGUCACUGAGGGAAGUUCGUCGAAUGAUGAUGGAAGCUCUGGUCAAUUGUCGACAACCUCCACAACCACAACCACAACGACAACAUCUUCGGAUGAGGGUCAAGACAACACCUCAUCUGACCCUACUGUAGAAGGCACUCAGGGAACAAGUGCUGGAAACUCCAGUCAGUCUUCGUCCACAACCACCUCGACAACCUCUUCGGAUGAUGGUCAAACCACCGUGUCGUCUUCUCCAGCAGUAGAAGUCACUGAGGGAUCUUCUUCGAAUGAUGAUGGAAGCUCUGGUCAGUCGUCGACAACCUCCACAACUACAACCACAACGACAACAUCUUCGGAUGAGGAUCAAGCCAGCACCUCAUCUGACCCUAUUGUGGAAGUCACUCAGGGAACGAAUAGUGCUGGAAACUCCAGUCAGUCUUCGUCCACAACCACCUCGACAACCUCUUCGGAUGAUGGUCAAACCACCGUGUCGUCUUCUCCAGCAGUAGAAGUCACUGAGGGAUCUUCUUCGAAUGAUGAUGGAAGCUCUGGUCAGUCGUCGACAACCUCCACAACUACAACCACAACGACAACAUCUUCGGAUGAGGAUCAAGCCAGCACCUCAUCUGACCCUAUUGUGGAAGUCACUCAGGGAACGAAUAGUGCUGGAAACUCCAGUCAGUCUUCGUCCACAACCACCUCGACAGCCUUUUCGGAAGAAGGUCAAACCACCGUGUCGUCUUCUCCAGCAGUAGAAGUCACUGAGGGAAGUUCGUCGAAUGAUGAUGGAAGCUCUGGUCAGUCGUCGACAACCUCCACAACUACAACCACAACGACAACAUCUUCGGAUGAGGGUCAAGACAACACCUCAUCUGACCCUACUGUGGAAGUCACUCAGGGAACGAAUACUGAUGGAAACUCCAGUCAGUCUUCGUCCACAACCACCACGACAACCCCUUCGGAUGAUGAUCAAACCACCGUGUCGUCUUUUCCAGCAGUAGAAGUCACUGAGGGAUCUUCGUCGAAUGAUGAUGGAAUCUUUGGUCAGUCGUCGACAACCUCCACAACCACAACCACAACGACAACAUCUUCGGGUGAGGGUCAAGCCAGCACCUCAUCUGACCCUACUGUGGAAGUCACUCAGGGAACAAACAGUGCUGGAAACUCCAGUCAGUCUUCGUCCACAACCACCACGACAACCUCUUCGGAUGAAGGUCAAACCACCGUGUCGUCUUCUCCAGCAGUAGAAGUCACUGAGGGAUCUUCGUCGAAUGAUGAUGGAAGGUCUGGUCAGUCGUCGACAACCUCCACAACUACAACCACAACGACAACAUCUUCGGAUGAGGGUCAAGACAACACCUCAUCUGACCCUACUGUGGAAGUCACUCAGGGAACGAAUACUGCUGGAAACUCCAGUCAGUCUUCGUCCACAACCACCUCGACAACCUCUUCGGAUGAUGGUCAAACCACCGUGUCGUCUUCUCCAGCAGUAGAAGUCACUGAGGGAUCUUCGUCGAAUGAUGAUGGAAGCUCUGGUCAGUCGUCGACAACCUCCACAACCACAACCACAUCGACAACAUCUUCUGAUGAGGGUCAAGCCAGCACCUCAUCUGAUCCAAUUGUUGAAGUCACUCAGGGAACAAGUGCUGGAAACUCCAGUCAUCAGUCUUCGUCCACAACCACCUCGACAACCUCUUCGGAUGAAGGUCAAACCACCGUGUCGUCUUCUCCAGCAGUAGAAGUCACUGAGGGAUCUUCGUCGAAUGAUGAUGGAAGCUCUGGUCAGUCGUCGACAACCUCCACAACCACAACCACAUCGACAACAUCUUCUGAUGAGGGUCAAGCCAGCACCUCAUCUGACCCUAUUGUGGAAGUCACACAGGGAACGAAUAGUGCUGGAAACUCCAGUCAGUCUUCGUCCACAACCACCUCGUCAACCUCUUCGGAUGAAGAUCAAACCACCGUGUCGUCUUCUCCAGCAGUAGAAGUCACUGAGGGAUCUUCGUCGAAUGAUGAUGGAAGCUCUGGGCAGUCGUCGACAACCUCCACAACUACAACCACAACGACAACAUCUUCGAAUGAGGAUCAAGCCAGCACCUCAUCUGACCCUAUUGUGGAAGUCACUCAGGGAACGAAUAGUGCUGGAAACUCCAGUCAGUCUUCGUCCACAACCACCUCGACAGCCUCUUCGGAUGAUGGUCAAACCACCGUGUCGUCUUCUCCAGCAGUAGAAGUCACUGAGGGAUCUUCGUCGAAUGAUGAUGGAAGCUCUGGUCAGUCGUCGACAACCUCCACAACUACAACCACAACGACAACAUCUUCGGAUGAGGGUCAAGACAACACCUCAUCUGACCCUACUGUGGAAGUCACUCAGGGAACGAAUACUGCUGGAAACUCCAGUCAGUCUUCGUCCACAACCACCUCGUCAACCUCUUCGGAUGAAGGUCAAACCACCGUGUCGUCUUCUCCAGCAGUAGAAGUCACUGAGGGAUCUUCGUCGAAUGAUGAUGGAAGCUCUGGUCAGUCGUCGACAACCUCCACAACCACAACCACAUCGACAACAUCUUCUGAUGAGGGUCAAGCCAGCACCUCAUCUGACCCUAUUGUGGAAGUCACACAGGGAACGAAUAGUGCUGGAAACUCCAGUCAGUCUUCGUCCACAACCACCUCGUCAACCUCUUCGGAUGAAGAUCAAACCACCGUGUCGUCUUCUCCAGCAGUAGAAGUCACUGAGGGAUCUUCGUCGAAUGAUGAUGGAAGCUCUGGGCAGUCGUCGACAACCUCCACAACUACAACCACAACGACAACAUCUUCGAAUGAGGAUCAAGCCAGCACCUCAUCUGACCCUAUUGUGGAAGUCACUCAGGGAACGAAUAGUGCUGGAAACUCCAGUCAGUCUUCGUCCACAACCACCUCGACAACCUCUUCGGAUGAUGGUCAAACCACCGUGUCGUCUUCUCCAGCAGUAGAAGUCACUGAGGGAAGUUCGUCGAAUGGUGAUGGAAGCUCUGGUCAAUCGUCGACAACCUCCACAACCACAACCACAACGACAACAUCUUCGGAUGAGGGUCAAGACAACACCUCAUCUGACCCUACUGUGGAAGUCACUCAGGGAACGAAUACUGCUGGAAACUCCAGUCAGUCUUCGUCCACAACCACCUCGACAGCCUCUUCGGAUGAAGGUCAAACCACCGUGUCGUCUUCUCCAGCAGUAGAAGUCACUGAGGGAAGUUCGUCGAAUGAUGAUGGAAGCUCUGGUCAGUCGUCGACAACCUCCACAACUACAACCACAACGACAACAUCUUCGGAUGAGGGUCAAGACAACACCUCAUCUGACCCUACUGUGGAAGUCACUCAGGGAACGAAUACUGCUGGAAACUCCAGUCAGUCUUCGUCCACAACCACCACGACUUCUGAUGUUAUCGUUAAUGGUGGCAAAUCGGGCUCAAAAUGGACUAAAACCACAAAAACUUCAAAGGUUACCAAGUUUAAUGGGAAUUCUAACUCCAGCUCAAGCGAAACUACUACAACAAUAACGACUAGCACUUCCUCUACACCUCAAAUUAAACGUUCCAGGUCGAGCUCAUCUAAGAAAACUUCCAGUGGUGGUAAGGUUCGGACCAAGCGGUCGAGCAAAAAAUCCCACAAGACUAAAAAUAACAAUUCAUCAAUUGAUGGAGCAGAAUCGUCUGCUUCAUUAUUUGAUGGAAAUAGUUCCAAUGAUGGCGCAAACUCGAGUCAGCCUUCAACAACAUCAACUACAAAUCCCAAGUUUAAUGGGAAUUCUAACUCCAGCUCAAGCGAAACGACUACAACAAUAACGACUAGCUCUUCCUUGACACCUCAAAUUAAACGUUCCAGGUCGAGCUCAACGAAGAAAACUUCCAGUGGUGGUAAGAUUCGGACCAAGCGGUCGAGCAAAAAAUCCCACAAGAGUAAAAAUAACAGUUCAUCAGUUAAUGGAGCAGAAUCGUCUGAUGCAUUAUUUGAUGGAAAUAGUUCCAAUGAUGGUGCAAGCGCGAGUCAGUCUUCAACAACAACAACAAUUACCUCAAGCGAUGGAAGCGAUCAGUCCAGCUCUUCGUCUUUGCCUGCAGUAGACGCCAGUGUAGCUUCACAAAGCAGCAAAUCCAGGUCCUCUAAGGUUCCCAAAUCUAAUGAUAGAUCGAGCUCCAGAUCUAGCAAAACCACAAAAACCGUAACGACAAGCUCUUCCUCUGCACCUAAGAGCAAGCAUUCCUGGUCGAGUUCAUCAAAGAAAACUUCCAUUGGUGGAAAAUCGAACAAGACUUCCUCGACCACGACAACGACUUUUUCAGAUAAGGGUCAUACAGACAGUUCUUUGGACCCCCACAUCGAAAUCACUCAGGGUAGUCCUUUGAACGAUAAUGAAAGCUCGAAUCAGGUCGUCACAACGACUACCUCCUCUGAGAGCCUAGUUGGUACUCCUUCUUCUCCUGUCGUCAAAGUGAUCAAGGAAAGUUCCAUAAGCAAAGGAGGAAAAACCAUACGAUCGUCAACCACAACAACAACUACAACCACAAAUGGAAGUAAGCAGUCGGGCACCACACCUCAUAAAGUGGUUGAUGCUAGCGUAGUGGCUCAUGGUGGAAAGUCGAGCUCAAAAUCUUCAACGACAACCAAAACAACAUCCACUAAUGGAGGUAAAUCGUCAGGUAUCUUGUCCCUACCAGACGUUGACGCCACCACAUCACUUACCGGCGGAAGGUCAGGAUCAACAUUGACUAAAACCACUAAGACCUACACCUCAAAGAGCUCCGCAGUUCCCAAGUCUUCUUCGAGAAAAACGACAACUACAACCAUUACGACGAAAACUUCAUCGGUCCCUAAAACUGAGACUAAAUACUCCUGGUCUAGUUCUUCGAAUAGAGCCUCAAAUCCAAUACGCCUAACCCCGCCAACCGUUAAUGCAGGCAUCUCUGUUGGUGGAGGAGAUUCAUCGAACUCAUGGUCGAAGAUUAUUAAAAGAAGUACCACAGGUGGUAAGACCAACGCCAGAGAUAGUUCAUCCCUUUCUGGAUCUAUUGUAGGUGCAGGCGGCACUCGUGGCGCACAGUCCUGGUCCCAGCGAUCAGGAUUCUCGGGAGGCAGUUCUACUGCGCAGGGAUCUCCAGACAUCCGAUUCCGGUUAGCCCGAGGUCAGACCAGUAACGAAGCUCAGUUGCAAAACUCGAAUCCCUGGACCAGAAGCACCAGCCAAGAUAGCGGAAGCUUCGAUAACGGAGACCUAUCCGUAGAUGGCCAGAAUAUGCAGGGGUUGGAGAGCUCCAGUGACCCUUCUAUGAUCCAAGGAGGCUACGUGGGCGCAACAGGACAGUAUCCCUACUGGUGGGGAGUUGGAGCCAGACGAAGCUGGACGCCUUAUGGAUGGCGUCCAUACGGAAGCGGAUGGGGUAGUUGGAGCAAUCAAUAUUAAAGUUGGACCGUGGGAAUGGAUAAGGC